GUGGCAAAUAUAUUACUGACGGCGGCUUGACUCGCACCACACUAACAUGAAGUUCAAAGCAACAAGUAUAUUUUUGUCCUGCAUACUGUUAGCUGCGGUAGUGGUUCUAGCCGAUGAAGCUCCAGAAGAGUUUAGUGAUGACCACGGUCUUUCAAAUAGUUCAAUGCCAAAUACGUUCCCACGAUCGCCGCGUGAAAAGAGGGAGGCGCAUCAACAUGAGAAUCGCCAACAGCGCGUCGGUAAACAACAACACGCGGAUCACCAUCAAGGAGCUCGACAACAACAUGUAACUCAUCAUCAGGGGGCUCGUCAACAACACGCUGGUCAUCACCAAAGGGCUCGUCAACAAGUAGCUCACCGCCAACGCCAACAAGUCCGGCAACAUGGAAAUGAUAAAACAUUCUUUUUUAUGCCCUACUACUACGGCUAUCCGUACUACGACAAUAGCCAAGCAGGACAAUACUAUGGAAAUAGCAGAAAUAGGUGCAACUAUGCGGCCCGCAGAGGGUCCAGAUGCCGUAAUUGCCGUGAAAUUGUGACUUGCUUGCCAGGCAACAGAGUCUACAUCAGACGAUGCAGUAACGGUCGUUACUGCAACAAUGGCCGCUGCUCUACGACCCCAAGUAGUAGAUGCCGUCGUCCAUCAAGACGAACAACAAGUACCACUACAGAAAGUAGUAGCUCGUCUAGUACAUCUUCAACCGGUAGUUCAACUUCUACAACCGAUGGUACAUCAACUACGACCAGUUCAAGUACUAGUACAACAUCCACAUCUUCUCCAACUAGCACUACAACGACCACAUCUGGCAGCACAUCGUCUACAGAUGGUAGUACGACUUCGACAACUGAUAGUACAACUUCCACGUCCAGUACUACAACUUCGACAACUGAUAGUACAGCUUCCACAACCGAUAGUACAACUUCCACUUCCGGUAGUACUACUUCGACAACCGAUAGUACAACAUCAACAUCCGGUGAUACAACCUCGACAACUGAUAGCACAACUUCGACGACUGGUAGUACAACUUCAACUACUGACAGCACGACUUCUACAACUGACGGUACGACUUCUACAACUGACAGUACAACUUCUACUACCGGCAGUACAACUUCAACUACCGACAGUACGACUUCCACUACUGACAGUACAACAUCAACUACGGAUAGUACAACUUCAACUACUGACAGUACCACGUCAACUACUGAAAGCACCACUUCUACAACUUCUAGCACCAGUACCACUACUGAAUCGGGUUAAGAUAAAAUCAACCAGCUUAAUUUUAUGAUAUCAUUAUAACGGUAACGUUU